UCGAGCUCUGUUUUUACCACGUGUGUAUGGAGUAGGUAGGUGUGGGUGGGUGUACUAUCAGAUAAGAUCAGGAUUAAGGUAAGCGGAUGGAUAGAUGGACGGUGGAGAGUCCAAGCCAAGCAAGCAACAGUUGAAAAAUAUCAAAAGAAGGUUGGGGGGAACGAUGCACCGAAAUUACUCUACGGAAAAUCGACGAGUGGAAGUCGAACAACGUUUUGUUCAAGAGCACAGGGGAUGUAUCUGUAUGGAUUCAUUCCUGCAUUGGUGGGCGGAAAUUGAAAGUUCUAAAGUAAAUGGAUGUACAGUGUACAGACUAUUGCUAAUGAAUUUCCGGGGUAUGAAGGAUCUUCUUAAGUGUCUGCUUCCCCGAGAUUUUAAGGUGAUCUUUUGAUUCUUUCGAGAUUCUUACAUCAUAUUCAAAUCGUCAUUUUGAUUUGUCGUCUUCAACAUCAACAUCACCAGUAUCAACAUAACUCUCAUCCACAAUCCCUCCACAACCCCUCCAUCAAAACCCCCACACCCAAAUACCUCAAUCUCAACCCAACCCCGAUCCCAACUACAGCCAUGGUUUCCCCCAUCCCCACCAUCCUAACCACCCAAUUCCUCUUCUCCCACCUCCUCCAAUCCGCGCGUCUCCCCCGGCGCAUCCUCCACAAAACCUCCAACGCCGCCCCGCGACAAGAUCUCGCCAAAUUCCCCCCCAAAGAUCUCUCUCCCUCCACCGUUAACAUGCUACUCCGCUGGGAAGCCGCCCAACAAAACGCUCUAGAUAAUUUCCCCCUCUUCGCUGCAGCAAUCCUCUAUGCUUCUUUCAGAGGCGUCUCCGAAGACACGAUUUCGCGCGUGGGUUGGUCCUAUGUGGGUGUCCGAUUGGCGUAUUGGCUUGCGUAUGUGGGAAUCGAGAGUGUGAAGUGGAGUUAUUUGAGAAGUAACAUUUGGUGGGUGGGAAAUGGACUUUGUUUUUGGUUGUUGAGGGAGGGGGGUCGGGUUUGA